AUGGCCCAGGACCUUGGCCCAGACCCAGCCAUGGACGCGCGGGAGGACGAGAGGCCCCGGUGGGACAACAAGCUCCAGUACCUGCUCAGCUGCGUGGGGUUUGCUGUGGGGCUGGGGAACAUCUGGAGGUUCCCAUACCUGUGCCAGACCCACGGCGGAGGGGCCUUCCUCAUCCCCUACUUCAUCGCCCUGGUCUUCGAGGGGAUCCCGCUCUUCCACAUCGAGCUCGCCAUCGGCCAGCGCCUGCGCAGGGGCAGCAUUGGGGUGUGGACGGCCAUCUCCCCCUACCUGGGCGGUGUAGGGCUGGGCUGCUUCACGGUGUCCUUCCUGGUCAGCCUGUACUACAACACCAUCCUCACCUGGGUGCUGUGGUACUUCCUCAACUCCUUCCAGGACCCGCUGCCCUGGAGCAGCUGCCCGCUGGACGGCAACAGGACAGGGUUCGUGGCGGAGUGCCAGGGCAGCAGCGCCGUGAGCUACUUCUGGUACCGGCAGACACUGAACAUCACUGCCGACAUCAGCGACAGUGGCACUGUCCAGUGGCGGCUGCUCGUCUGCUUGGUCACCUGCUGGGCCGUGGUGUACCUGUGCGUCAUCAGAGGCAUCGAGACCACUGGGAAGGCCAUCUACUUCACGGCCCUGUUCCCUUACCUGGUGCUGACCAUCUUCCUCGUCAGAGGCCUGACGCUGCCCGGGGCCAUGCACGGGCUCCGCUACCUGUUCACCCCCAACAUGCAGAUUCUCCAGAACCCACGGGUGUGGCUGGACGCAGCCACCCAGAUCUUCUUCUCCCUGUCCCUGGCCUUCGGUGGACACAUCGCCUUUGCCAGCUACAACCCGCCCAGGAACAACUGUGAGAAGGACGCCGUGGUCAUCUCCCUGGUGAACAGCAUGACCUCCCUGUACGCCUCUGUCGCCAUCUUCUCCGUCAUGGGCUUCAAGGCCACCACAGACCACGGGCAGUGCCUGGACAGAAACAUCCUGGGCCUCAUCGACGAGUUCGACCUCCCGGAGCAGAGCAUCUCCAGGGCCAGCUACAAGGCCGUCCUCGCGCAGCUCAACGCCACACAGCCGGAGAGGCUGGCCCGGCUGCCCCUGAGGGUCUGCUGCCUGCAGGACUUCCUGGACAAGAGCGCCUCGGGCCCCGGCCUGGCCUUCAUCGUCUUCACGGAGGCCGUGCUGCACAUGCCGGGGGCGCCCGUGUGGGCCGUGCUCUUCUUCGGGAUGCUCUUCACCCUGGGGCUCUCGUCCAUGUUCGGCAACAUGGAGGGGAUCAUCACGCCGCUCCUGGACAUGGGGGUCGUCCCCACGGGGUUCCCCAAGGAGGCCCUCACGGGGCUGGCCUGCCUGGCCUGCCUGCUCUCGGCCACCUGCUUCACGCUGCAGUCCGGAAGCUACUGGCUCGAGAUCUUCGACAGCUACGCGGCCUCCCUCAACCUUAUCGUCUUCGCCUUCUUCGAGGUGGUGGGGGUCAUCUACGUCUACGGCCUGCGGCGGUUCUGUGACGACAUCGCGUGGAUGACGGGGCGGCGGCCAGGCCUCUACUGGCGGGCGGCGUGGCUCGUGGCCAGCCCUCUGCUCCUCCUGAGUGUCUUCCUGGCCUACCUCGUCCUGCUGGCCCAGAGGCCGCCGAGCUACCGGGCCUGGAACCCCCAGCACGAGCAGUUCCCCUCCAGGCAGGAGAAACUCUACCCUGGCUGGGUGCAAGCCAUCUGCGUGCUCCUGUCCCUGCUGCCCGCUCUGUGGGUCCCGGGCGUCGCACUGGCCCGGCUGGUGGCCAGGUGCAGGAGGCAGCAGCAGGACGCAUGGCUGGACAGGAGCCUGAGGCUGCAAGACAGCAGGGCCCACUGA